AUGGAGAAGAUGAAGGGCAUCCUUAUUGCCAAUCGCGGAGAGGUCCAAGCGCCCUUCAGUAUACGUGCAAAUCAACGCAUAGCAGUCCGUAUCAUCAAGACAGCAAAGAAACUCGGGAUCAAGACCAUCUCGAUAUACACGCCUGCAGAUGCUGCUUCGCUCCAUGUCUCACAAGCGGACGAGGCGGUCCUCCUUCCGGACAAUAACAGCUAUACCGACGGCGAGACUAUCAUCAAGAUAGCCAAGGAGAAAAACGCAGAUGCAAUCAUCCCAGGUUAUGGCUUCCUGUCCGAGAACGCUGACUUCGCUCGUGCUGUCGGCGAAGCUGGCCUGGCAUGGGUAGGCCCUUCUCCAGAGUCCAUCGAGGCAUUCGGCAUCAAGCAUGUAGCCCGUGAACUGGCUGAGAAAGCUGGAGUCCCUAUCGUACCUGGAACCAAAGGCCUCGUGACUAGUGAAGAAGAUGCCUUGGAAGAGAGCCAGAAGCUCGGCUAUCCGGUAAUGUUGAAAGCGACCGCUGGCGGAGGUGGAAUGGGCUUGGUGGUAUGCGAGAAGGCUGAGGACGUCAAAGAAGGCUUUCGCAUGGUCCAGUCGAGAGGCAAAACGCUAUUCAAGAGCGGCGAUCUGUUCAUCGAGAAGUUUUACCCUGCCAGCCACCACAUCGAGGUCCAGGUCUUCGGCAAUGGCCAAGGCGAUGCUAUACAUUUCGGCGAGCGCGAGUGCUCUGUCCAACGUCGGAACCAAAAGGUGAUUGAGGAAGCACCCUCGCCAUUUGUCGAGAAACACCCGAGCCUUCGCGAGAAGUUGUGCAAAGCAGCUGUCAGCCUGGCCAGCUCUCAGAACUACGCCAGCGCCGGCACGAUUGAGUGUCUCGUUGACGACGAGAGCGCAGACUUCUUCUUCCUCGAGAUGAACACGAGGCUCCAGGUCGAGCACGGCAUUACCGAGCUAUGCUACGACGUUGAUCUGGUGGAGCUCAUGCUAAAGCAAGCAGACGCUCAGCUUGCUGGAAAGGGAGGUAUCUCAGCGGAGGACUUGAAAGCACUGCAGCCUUCUGGCCCCUUGGGACAUGCCAUCGAAGCUCGAGUGUACGCUGAGAAUCCUGUGAGAGACUAUGCGCCGUCUCCCGGUCUGCUUCAGAAGGUCGAAUGGUCUACAUUGGAGCACUCAAGAAUAGAUACCUGGGUGUUUACAGGUACCACGAUCUCUCCUAAUUACGACCCUCUGAUCGCGAAGGUGAUGAAUCAUGCAAAGACAAGAGAUGCCUGCAUCAAAGGCAUGGAUCUUCUCCUGUCGCGCUCGCAGAUCUGCGGUCCGCCUACCAAUCUGGAGUUCUUGAACGCUAUCAUCCAGGAUGAGACGUUCAAGUCUGGAAACACUAUUACGAGCUUCUUGAAAACGUUCGAAUAUGCGCCGUGUGCUAUCGAUGUGAUAAGCUCUGGAGCCUAUACACUGGUUGAGGACUUACCAGGACGUCCGAAUGUGGGCAAAGGUAUUCCUCACAGCGGUGCGAUGGAUCCAGUAGCACUCAGCAUAGCCAACAUGCUUGUUGGCAACGAACGCGGGAAGGAAGGUCUCGAGAUCACGCUGUGUGGCCCUGAGCUACGCUUCCUCUCACCAGCUGUCGUGGCUGUAACAGGUGCCCCGAUUGAAGCAAAGCUCGACGACGACUCGAUCCCGAUGUGGACCAGAAAGCACAUCAAAGCCGGCCAGAAACUCAAGCUAGGCAAGACAACGGGCGGCGGCUGUCGCUCAUACCUCGCCAUCCACGGCGGCUUUCCCACUGUGGCAGACUACUUUGGCUCCAAGUCUACUUCAGCGCUCGUAGCCAUCGGAGGCUACCAAGGCCGAGCUCUUGCGCCUGGCGACUUGCUUUCCAUCACGAGCAAUAUCCCCGAUACUCUUGGCGGGCAUCCUGCUCUUCCAGAGAACCUUCGACCGCAGUAUACCGAGCAUUGGGAGAUUAUGGCGAUGCCGGGGCCUCACCAGGAUGGGUACCUGGCUGAAGAAGAUGUGGAGAUGCUUUACGGGGGCGAGGACUGGAAAGUAAGUCACAAUGCUAGUCGGAGCGCUAUCCGGUUGAUCCCACCACGUCCUCCGAAAUGGGCGAGGAAAGACGGUGGAGAGGGCGGUUCGCACCCGAGUAAUCUGAUUGAGUAUGGAUACCCUCUUGGGACACUGAAUUGGACUGGAGAUGACCCUUGCGUCUUCCCUGCGGACUGCCCGAACUUCGGUGGCUUCGUCUCCAGCACGACCACCAUCAUUGCCGACCUUUGGAAACUGGGUCAGAUGAAAGCGGGACAUACCAUGAAGUACAAGCGUGUCUCCCUUGACGAGGCAUUGGCAUUGCGCUCAGACCUGAACAGCUACCUUGAUGCCGUGCAAGCUGGAGUUAGCAAAGGCGACUUCUCCAAGGUCAAACCACUCCAGCAAACGCAUGAGCCAAAGGGCGAUUUUGGAAACGCAAUUCUCUGGGAGCGGGCGCCAAAAGGCAAUAGGCCCCAAGUGCGGUAUCGUCAAGGCGCCGACGACCAUUUGUUGAUUGAGUACGGCAAUGAGAAUUUCGACAUCAACCAUCGCUGCCGUGUAACAGCUCUCGAGAAGGCAGUCCACAGCAAAGAUGCGCCAUCCUGGCUGAAGGAGAAUCUCACCAAUACCGUGGGAUGUUGCACAUCGCUGAUGGUGCACUACAACGGCGCCAAAAUGGAUCGACCCAAGCUGAUCGAACAUCUUCAGACGCUUGAAGAACAGCUAGGGGACCUGAGCAAGAUCAAAGUGCCCUGCAGAAGAUUCAGACUCCCACUGUCGUUCGAGAGCAAAGAGCAGACGGAAGCGACCAAGCGGUAUAUGGAGACUCAACGACCUCAGGCGCCUUAUCUGCCUGACAACCUGGAGUUCGUGGCGAAGAACAACGCCUUCACUGGAGAACAGCUGAAGCACAAUAUGCUGAGCGGCACAUUGAUGGCGGUUGUCGUCGGCUUCUUUUGUGGAAACACCGUCUCGCUGCCCGUUGAUCCGAGGAAGAGGAUGAGUACGCCAAAGACGAAUCCAUCUCGGGUGUUCACGCCUGAAGGGACAUUUGGAUGGGGAGGCAGUUGCGCUUCAAUUUAUCCUGUCGACUCGCCUGGCGGGUAUCAGCUGAUCGGCCGAACAAUACCUUGCUUCGACUAUCUAGGCUACAAAUCAGGUUUCAGCAUCGACCGCCCCUGGCUAUACCAAGACUUCGACCUCCUCGACUUCUACCGUGUGAGCGAAGACGAGCUCAACGAGCAGCUGAACCUCUUCCGCGCUGGUCUGUACGAGCAUAAGUGGACCGAUGAGGAGUUCGACAUGGCAGAACACAACCGCUUUCUGGGCGAGGUCGACGACGAGGUCAAAGACAUCCGCGCGAAGCAGCGGAAGGUGCAGGAAGAAAUGAUCGCUGCAGAAGAAGAAUCACUGGCCAAGUGGCGAGAAGACAUGCAGAAGGACAAGAUUGAUGAAGGGACCGUUGAUGCUUUGCUUGCUGAUCCAGCCAUCUCCUCAAUCGACAGCCCGAUGGACGCCAACGUCUGGAAGAUCCAAGUCGAAGAGGAUCAAGAAGUGAAUGCAAAGGACAUUGUUGCGAUUCUCGAGGCAAUGAAGUUGGAGAUCAACGUCAAUGCUCCUGACGAUCUCGGCAAGGCCAAGGUGGAGAGGUUGCUGGUGAAGCCUGGUGAGACUAUUAAGGCUGGUGGGAGGAUUGCGCUGCUCCGGUCCACGAAGUGA